GUGUGCACAAUGCCCAGUGUACUGUUACUGCUCAGUGCAGUAAAGAGUUUUCUUUUCAUUAACUCCAGUUGUAAUCCAGUCUUCCGGUGGACUAAGCAAAGAUGAUAUUGAAAAUAUGGUCAAAAACGCAGAGAAAUAUGCUGAGGAAGACCGGAGAAAGAAGGAACGUGUUGAAGCAGUUAAUAUGGCUGAAGGAAUUAUUCAUGACACAGAAACCAAGAUGGAAGAAUUCAAGGACCAGUUACCUGCUGAUGAGUGCAACAAGCUAAAGGAAGAGAUUUCCAAAAUGAGAGAACUCCUUGCUCGAAAGGACAGUGAAACAGGAGAAAACAUUAGACAGGCAGCAUCUUCACUUCAGCAGGCAUCAUUGAAACUCUUUGAGAUGGCAUAUAAAAAGAUGGCAUCUGAGCGGGAAGGUUCUGGAAGUUCCAGUACUGGGGAACAGAAGGAAGAUCAGAAGGAGGAGAAACAGUAAUAGUGGCAGUGCAUUGUGGAGCCAGAAGUACAACAUACCAUGAAGCUUGGGAGUAAAGGGACUUCCCGAGCAGAAAAGGGGCAAACUUCAGUCUUUUUACUGUGUUUUUGCAGUAUUCUAUAUAUAAUUUCCUUAAUAUAUAAGUUUAGUGACAAUUAGCUAACUCAUUUAAUGGGUGAAUAACUCAGCAGUAGCAGGUUCAUACUGUUCUGUCACUAGCCUGUUAUUUUCAGCCGCAUGUGAAGGGGUGGGAUGGGGCUGUGUACCAAUCAUUAUUAAGGUGUAUCUGGUUUGUGCUGAAGUGGCCAUGUUUUCAAGGUUUAAAACCCAUUUCACAUCCAGUGGAGGUAGUCUGUCAUGGACCUUGAUUGAGACUAUAUGUAGAUCCUUGUUGGCCAAGAGUACUGCUGUAAAGAAUGGCCUAUGUGAACGUGGUUGGUCCUUCACCUGAGGCCUUGUAAGACUAAGCUACCUGUGCCAUGGUUUGUAGGUGCAGAAGCUAGGUCAAUGGAUAACAGCUGUGUUAGCCAUAACUUAGAUACAAGAGAGUGAAGUCUCGUGGUCCUAAAGCAUACGUUUCUAGCUCUCCUCUUGGCUGGCCUAUGUCUGGCACCUAUAUCCUUGAUGAUUGUUCUUUUCAUCCAUUCUGGAUUUUUUUUUUUUUUUUAAAUAAAAUUCCAACAGCAUCUUGA